GCAAAGCAACCUCCCAUUCAUAUGCAUAUUUCGUUUUUUUCGAAGAAAGCAGGCAGUGCAUAGAUCGGAGAAGUGAGACGAAAAUGGUGAAAAUGGGGACGUUCUUCGCGAUGUCACUGGGUGCCUUCGUUUUCUGGCACUCCAUGGAUAAAAUCCAUGUUUGGAUCGCUCUCCGCCAAGACGAAAAGAAAGAGAAAAUGGAGAGGGAAGCAGAGAUCAGGAGGAUGAGAGAAGAGCUGAUCAAAGAAAACAAACUACGAGAGUCACUUUCCUAAGCUGCCAAGAGCUGCAUUUUAUUUCUGCACUUUAGUUUUUUACUGUCUGUUUGAACCAUUUGGAUUGAACACUCAAAAUUUGUUUUCAUAAAUCAAGCUAGUGGUUAUGAAUGCCAACAGUGCAAUCUAGUUUGGACAUCUCUGUAUCACUCUUUCUGCAAUCAGCUUGGACUGUAUUUGGGUAUUGGAAGGUUCUCUUGCAAAACCUGCUAGCCGCUUUUAAAAUGACUAAUAAAUUUCAUUUGCCCCUUAUUUGUUGCGUAAUUUCUAUUUUCCGUGGACUGUAUUAUGCUUGCUGCUAAGAAUCAUCAGAGACAUUAUGUUUUAGUUGCUUGCUGGUGGGUUUAGCUUUGGAACUCAGAUUUCUGAAAGCUUCAGAACAGAGGAAAAAUAUUUAUCUCUAUUGAACAUUUGAACAUACAAUCAUGCAGAUGUAUGGCUGAACUGUUCAUCAUACAUUCAUACGAAAAUCAGAAUUGUCUGCUCCUUCCAUUCUCUAGUAUUCAGUGUUCUCAUGAAGUGAGCUAUGUAGUUUUGAGGUUCAAGGAGUUGCUGACCUAAUUUCUAGAACUGUAGGUUUGCAGUCAUUGUUUUAAAGAAUGACAUUGCACUUGUUCUAGGUAAACAAAAUUAUGAAUCUUUGUAUUAUGCAUUUCGGUGCAGCGAAAUACUGCAUUUUGUGAUACAGUCAUGCCAGGGAUGGUUUUAAGAAUGAGAACACAUAGUUGGACUCUGUCAAAGAAUGCCCAAGAUUCUUAGUGUGGAGAGCUUUCUAGUGCCUUUCCUGUUGAGGUUAGUAACGUUCUUAACAUCCUUAACCCUUACUGUUUUCCAAUUCUGCUAAUUUUCCUCAGUAAUUGAUGGAAGGAAAUUGAUGCAUUCUGGGGGCGUGGUUAUGUUCGCAGAAAGAAAUGAGUUCUAUUUCAUUACCAUAUUAUAGUUUAGAAAGUUUUUAGUUUAUUACUAUAUCCUACUUUAGAAAGUUAGAGAAUGUUAGAAAGCUUCCUAGCUUAGUUUUAGUUAAAAGCAGGCAGAGUUUUAAUCCCAAAUCAAGGGGCUAGGGAGUUCUGGGAACUCAAGAAAACCCAGCUUAUCCUUUUCAUGAUUGUUCUUAUCUUUCUUUCUAUUUCCUUUUUCCUAUAAUCCCACCAGGCCUGUGACGUAGAACCCAUGACAGAAAUUUAACCAUUUUAGAGUGUAUCUGAUAGCAAUGAAAGUGAAAGGUUGUAAGCAUUAUCCAUUAGGGGCUGAUUCAUCCGAUCUGAUGCCUGUACUAAAAAUAGCACUACCAAAAUGACAAAAGUUUAGGUGUCCAUACCAGCAAGAAAUCGUGUACCGCAGCCUUCUGUUAACAAACCCAGCCCAGAUCACGUGCUUCUCAUGACUAGGAACACUGUGACAAACCUCACCUCUGAAAAAGACACUUUUUCCCCACAUUUCGGUUACAAAGUUAUGAUAAACUCCAAAUGAUGCAAGAAAAGCCUUUCAGAUAAGACACUUUAAGAAGGUUCAUGAAUGGCAACCAGACUACAAUUUAUAUCCUUGUUUUCUCUGUGGGUCUUUCAAUCUUGAACUUGCAGGGAUCAUAGUUAUGGAGUUGGGGAAGAUCUUAUUGCUUUCUGUCAUACUUUCCAUGAUGUUUGUAGCAACGAAGAGCAUCGAGUUCACAGAAGAGGACUUGGCUUCAGAAGAGCGCCUCUGGGACUUGUACGAGAGAUGGAGGAGCCAUCACACUGUUUCUUCUGACCUAGAUGAGAAACAGAAGCGUUUCAAUGUCUUCAAAGCAAAUGUGAGGUACAUCCACAAGGUGAACAAGAUGGACAGGCCUUAUAAGCUGAAACUGAACAGGUUUGGGGAUAUGACCAACUUUGAGUUCAGAAGUGCUUACAGUUCUAAGAUAAAUCAUCAUAGGAUGUUCCGUGGCCCCAGAGCAGUGACUGGAUUUAUGUACGAAAAAGCUGAAAACCUGCCCACCUCUAUUGAUUGGAGAAAGAAUGGUGCUGUCACUCCUAUAAAAGAUCAAGGAAAAUGCGGUAGCUGUUGGGCAUUUUCAACUGUGGUAGGGGUUGAAGGAAUCAACAUGAUCAAGACUGGGCAACUGGUCUCUUUGUCUGAACAAGAACUUGUUGAUUGUGAAAAGGAUAAUGAGGGCUGCAAUGGAGGACUAAUGGAGAACGCGUAUGAGUUCAUCAAGAAGGAAGGAGGAAUAACAACAGAAAGACUAUACCCUUACAGUGCCAAGGAUGAGAAUUGUGAUUCAUCAAAGAUGAAUGCUCCUGUGGUGAUGAUUGAUGGCCAUGAAAAUGUACCAGAAAAUGACGAAAAUGCUUUGAUGAAAGCUGUAGCACACCAGCCAGUGUCUGUUGCCAUAGAUGCCAGUGGCUCAGAUUUGCAAUUCUACUCUGAGGGUGUGUUUACCGGAGACUGUGGCAGGGAGCUAGACCACGGAGUAGCCAUUGUUGGCUAUGGAACAACUCUUGAUGGAACAAAAUAUUGGACAGUGAAGAAUUCAUGGGGAACUGGUUGGGGAGAAACAGGUUACAUUCGGAUGCAACGCGGGGUUGAGGCCAAUGAGGGGCUCUGUGGCAUAGCCAUGAUGGCCUCGUACCCGAUCAAGAACUCCGCUGACAAUCCGAAGCAUGCAACAUACAAGGAUGAACUCUAGGAUCAUACCCCCAUUGUCUCAACUGAAGUGAUAGUCAUCCAAAAUUGCUGUUACUUUCUUUUAAAGGUACUACUGCUUUUAGUUUGGAUUGAAUAAAGUAAGAAGGCUUUUUCUAUAUGUUGUAGUCUUGUAGAUCCUAAAAAGCUCAUAAUGGAAUGUGUCAUUUUACGCCAUAUCCCUUUUUUUUUUUUUUUUU